AUGGAUGAUAGUGAUGAUGAUGAUGAUGAUGAGGUGAAUGAUGAUGAUGAUGAUGAUGAUGAAGUUGUUGAUGAUGAUGAUGAUGAUGGUGAUGCUCUCUCCAAGACAAUGAUGGUGACCGAUGAAGACGUUAGUGCGAAGAAGGCAAGCCAGCCGGAUAUCUUCCAGAGCACCUACGGAGGCAUGCUGGACGAGACCAUCGCUGCCGACUUCGCUCGCCUGGAGGCGGACACCACCGCCGAGGAGGAGUCCAGCGGCGAGGAGUUCAAGAAGUUUAGCUUGGACUACAAGAUGAACAAGGCCGAGAAGGAGUCGGAUCUCAAGCACAUCAAGCAGACGAAGGUGGAGCAUGCUUCACAGCUGGCCACCAAAGGUACCGAGCUGACCACAGCAGAGGAGGAGCUGGCUGCUGCCAAGGACUACUUCGCUCAGCUGGAGGAUUCCUGCCUCAAGGGCGGAAAGGCCUGGAAGGAGAAGGAGGCUCAGAGGAAGGAGGAGCUUGAGUCGCUGAAAGAGGCUUCCGAGAUGCUUGCGAACAUCACGGCCUGA